CUGCUAGAGAGAUGCAAAAUCAACCUGGAUUUGGAUGGGAAGGUUUAAAGGAGGCUAUGAGGAACCAGUUUUACCCUCAGUCUCUGCAACUCCAGAUGGAAUCUGAGUUUAUCCAUCUGAGGCAAAGGGGUAUGUCAGUUCUGGAAUAUGCUGUGAAAUUCAAUGAGUUAACUCGAUUUGCUCCUGAUCUAGUGUCUACGGAUCGUCAAAGGAUGAAUCGGUUUGAAGGAGGUUUGAAUCUGGAUCUUCAAGAAAGGCUUGCUGCAAACAUAAGUAAGUCCUAUCAAGAGCUAUAUGAUCGGGCUAUCAAUGUUGAAAGGAAAAUGAAGCUGCGAAAGGAUGUUUAUGAGAAUGGAAAAAGGAAGGGUAAAGGUCAAGAAGUUUCAAUAAGCAAUGCCUUUAAGAAGCAGAACACUGGAUUCUCAGGAAACAACAAUGGUCAGAGGCAAAUCCCUCGUUGCAACAUAUGCUCCAAAUUGGGCCAUGUAGCCAGGGAAUGUCGAGCAGGAACCGAUCAGUGCUAUCGGUGUGGUAAGACGGGCCAUAUGGUCAAGAAUUGCCCGGCUGUGGAAAGGAAGAACGAGAACAUUAACAACCGUGUGCCAGUGCAAAGGAACAACUCUCAGAACUAUGGUUAUGGUAGGAAUGCAAGUAAUAAUGCCAACAGAAACCCUCCACGUGGACCCUCACAAGCCGGACGAGUGUUCAUGAUGCAAAAAGAAGAAGCUGAGGCUGAUGACACCGUUAUUACUGGUACUUUUCCUGUCAACUCUGUACCUGCUUAUGUCCUUUUUGAUUCUGGAGCUUCCCAUUCGUUUAUAUCUACUGCAUUUUCUAGAAGCUUGAAUGCAAAACCAUGCUCUGAUUUCUCUGCCAUGAGGAUAUGA